CUCUUUAUGCAACAAAGCCACUGAUGGUGAAAGGAUGACUUCUCCCUGGAGCAGAACACUGGCCACAUCCAUCCCCAACGGGAGCAGCUAGAUCAUACUUUUGUUCCUUCCCCUCGUUCCAUCCCUCUCCCACCACCAUGCCGGCCAUAGUGAACCUGCUCUUCAAUACGGUGUCUACCAACACCACCAUCUCCUUCUCCCUGGUGCUGCCUCUGGUCAGCGUCCUCUCCCUCCUGGUGGGGGUCGGAGGUCACCUACUCAUGUGGCUGGUGCUGAUGCGUAACCCUCGGCGACGCUCCAAACCUAGCUCCGUGCUGCUCCUCAACUUGAGCCUGGCUGACAUGGGAGCACUGCUCACCCUGCCCUGCGUCCUACUCAGCGCCAGCUCCCAGGACUGGCAGCUAGGGGGCGGUAUCUGUGUGCUGCUGGGCUUCAUGACCUCCCUGACGGCUGGAGUGGAUAUAUUUAGUCUGGCCGCCUUGUCGGUGCUCAGAUACCGCAUAGUGGCCCCACCUGCUAGACCGCCCCCCAGUCCCACACAAGUAGCCGGCAUCGUGGCAGUGAUCUGGUUAGUCUCUGUCACCAUGGCCCUUCCCAAGGUCACAUACAUCCAGUUUGACAGUGGCUGUACAUGGUCUGUGGGGCGUGGCCAGUGGCUGGGCUUCCUGGUGCCAGCCUUCCUGGUCUACUACGUGGCUCCGCUCCUCUGCAUUGCCCUCAACUGUGGCCUCAUCAUCACCCAUCUCCACCGCUGCCGGGGUACGUUGGCCGCAGACCGCCGCAACAAGAAGGCUACGGCGCUCCUGAUUGGCUCCACACUGGUCUUCGCCAUCAGCUGGCUGCCCUACUACGCCCUGGAGUUUGUCAAUGUCAUGUCCCCCUACGUCAGCUUCGUUGCCUCGCCUAUCAGUCAACAAACCUCCUCCUCCCUCAACUCGUCCGCGUCCCUGUCCCCACCCACGGAGGGGGACACGGAGGUGUCUCUCCUCUGGGAGGUGGCGUCCCUGUCGGCCAUAUUGUUGGUGUGUUUGGCGCCCUGCUGGAACCCGCCCCUCUACUUCCUGUUGUCUCGCCCGGCGGUGCGUCAGCUCCGUGCCCUCCUGCCGUCACUGAGGAAAUGCUUGGGAAGCCUGCGACCACCUAUCACCCCCGCGCCAACCCCACGUUUUCCUCACCUCCGCCCUCUUCCUACUUUGUAACUACACACCACACCUUGACACUCAGGCUGAUCCAGUGAGAUGAACACGCACACGCACACGCACACACACACGCAAUUAUUCAACAGAUUGUGAUUACAUACACUCAGUGUAUAAAACAUUAGGAACACCUGCUCUUUCCAUGACAUAGACUGACCAGGUGAAUCCAGGUGAAAGCUAUGGUCCCUUAUUGAUGUCACUUGUCAAAUCCACUUCAGUCAGUGUAGAAGGAGAAUGGGAGGAGACAGGUUAAAGUGUCAUAAAUGUGAAGGUGUGUCAUAAAAACAGAGGCUUAGAAUCUUACAAUCUUAGGUUUCACCUUGCAAGUGUCAGUUAGCAGGCUCAUAGAAUCAAAUCAAAUCAAAUGAAAUUGUAUUGGUCACAUACACAUGGUUAGCAGAUGUUUAAUGUGAGUGUAGAGAACUGCUUGUGCGUCUAGUUCAGCCAGUGCAGUAAUAUCUAACAAGUAAUCUAACAAUGAGAGUCUAGGUGGGGGGCUGGCAGAGUUAUCUAACAAGGAGAGACUAGGUGGGGGGCUGGCAGAGUUAUCUAACAAGGAGAGACUAGGUGGGGGACUGGCAGAGUAAUCUAACAAGGAGAGACUAGGUGGGGGGCUGGCAGAGUUAUCUAACAAGGAGAGACUAGGUGGGGGACUGGCAGAGUAAUCUAACAAGGAGAGACUAGGUGGGGGGCUGGCAGAGUUAUCUAACAAGGAGAGACUAGGUGGGGGGCUGUCAGAGUAAUCUAACAAGGAGAGACUAGGUGGGGGACUGGCAGAGUAAUCUAACAAGGAGAGACUAGGUGGGGGGCUGUCAGAGUAAUCUAACAAGGAGAGACUAGGUGGGGAACUGGCAGAGUAAUCUAACAAGGAGAGACUAGGUGGGGGGAUGGCAGAGUAAUCUAACAAGGAGAGACUAGGUGGGGGGCUGGCAGAGUUAUCUAACAAGGAGAGACUAGGUGGGGGGCUGGCAGAGUUAUCUAACAAGGAGAGACUAGGUGGGGGGAUGGCAGAGUAAUCUAACAAGGAGAGACUAGGUGGGGGGCUGGCAGAGUUAUCUAACAAGGAGAGACUAGGUGGGGGGCUGGCAGAGUUAUCUAACAAGGAGAGACUAGGUGGGGGACUGGCAGAGUAAUCUAACAAGGAGAGACUAGGUGGGGGGCUGGCAGAGUUAUCUAACAAGGAGAGACUAGGUGGGGGGCUGUCAGAGUAAUCUAACAAGGAGAGACUAGGUGGGGGACUGGCAGAGUAAUCUAACAAGGAGAGACUAGGUGGGGGGCUGGCAGAGUUAUCUAACAAGGAGAGACUAGGUGGGGGGCUGGCAGAGUUAUCUAACAAGGAGAGACUAGGUGGGGGGCUGGCAGAGAGACGGAGAGGAUAAGAGAAGGAAGAGAGGAUAACCAAGACACAGAUUCAAGGAGCUGAUCAAGCGGUAUGUGUGUGUUUGUGUGUGGAAUAAAAAUUACAUUAAUGAAGGCGAAAGGGGGUGAAAUAUUGUUAGUGUUUCUCCCACCUAGAAAACAACAACAUGAUUGACAGGUGAGAUGCAUUUAUGCCAUCAGGUAUUGAACAACAUGGUUGGUAUUCUUAACAUGCCUCCCAAAUAGGGGAGAGUGAGGUAUAUUGAGCCAAGUUUUACAUUCAGCAUCACUACAUCACUACAUCACUACAUCAAUGGAAAUGUAAUAUUCCUUAAAAAUAUAAAUAUAUCUACAUAUAUUUAAAUAUAACCGUUUUAAAAACAUAGCUUGCCCCCCAAAAUAGGGACAGGGUAAGCCUUGGGGUAAGUGGGUGUUCUGUGACAGUGGGUGAUGUCGUUCUGUGACAGUGGGUGAUGUUGUUCUGUGACAGUGGGGUGAUGUUGUUCUGUGACAGUGGGGUGAUGUUGUUCUGUGACAGUGGGUGAUGUUGUUCUGUGACAGUGGGGUGAUGUUGUUCUGUGACAGUGGGGUGAUGUUGUUCUGUGACAGUGGGGUGAUGUUGUUCUGUGACAGUGGGGUGAUGUUGUUCUAUGACAGUGGGUGAUGUUGUUCUGUGACAGUGGGGUGAUGUUGUUCUGUGACAGUGGGUGAUGUUGUUCUGUGACAGUGGGUGAUGUUGUUCUGUGACAGUGGGUGAUGUUGUUCUGUGACAGUGGGGUGAUGUUGUUCUGUGACAGUGGGGUGAUGUUGUUCUGUGACAGUGGGGUGAUGGUGCUGGUAGGUCUGGUAAGUUGAAUUCUUGGAAUGAGGGUGUGGUAUAAUAUUGCAUAUCUUAAAUGUACGCCUACAUUCAGACAUGGAUACCUCUGCUCAAUAUCACUUCCUCUUCCAUAUCUUUCCCAGUUGUCUGGGACAGGGAUGAUGUUUCGAUGUGCCAAUUCGUAGGCAUGUUCUCUGCAUUUGAGACUACUAAGCCCAUGAAACUGGUCUGCAAAAUACAUGAUACGUUUUAAGCAAUCUCUCACUCCAGGUCAUCAGAUAAGACCUUGUGUGCUACUCUAUACCGUAGCCUCUGUUUCGGACAGUUACAUGUUUGUUUUCAUUCUACAGUAUCUCUUCAGUGCGUGCAAUGAUGUCCAAACAGUGUUUGUUUUCAUUCUACAGUAUCUCUUCAGUGCGUGCAAUGAUGUCCAAACAGUGUUUGUUUUCAUUCUACAGUAUCUCUUCAGUGCGUGCAAUGAUGUCCAAACAGUGUUUGUUUUCAUUCUACAGUACCUCUUCAGUGCGUAAAUAUUGUGUUUUUAAUUUACAGUGUGGGAGUGAAGAGCUAUAAGUUCAGUGUUUAUGUGUCUGUUCAACACGUAAA